CCGUCGUUAACGACAAAGAGCCGACUACAAAAGCUGGAUCGUUGACAAACGUCCCAGCGCUCAUGCUAAUAGGCAGCUCAUCCUAGCAGAAAACAGGAAACGCACUAAAAAAAUCGCCUUUAAAGGACUACAACUUUGCUCACAUCGCUAUUUAACACACCGGAGGAAGACCCCAUCUAAGCCCCGCUGUUGUGAACACGUCGGCGCCGUGCAGGAGCGCCAACAAGCGCAGCGUUUGUCGGUUUUGGCGCACGGUCGUCGAGUCGUCGUGGAGCGGCGGCGUCCAUCUUAGCUCCCCCGCGGAUCUCUGCGCGCCUCCUCACGUGUCCCGGCCUGGCUGCCUCACAUGACCCGCGUGUUUGUCCCCGUGAUCACAGCCUCCAUCUCCGUGGCUCCGUGUCGUUGACGUCGCUCCUUCCCACCAGCGAGAGAGUCUUCAUGGAGAUGCUGGAGCAGAGUGUGGACAGCUCGGCGAGUCACGACAAACAGGAUAACGACGAGGUGGUGCAGUUACAGGAAGGAGAAGGCGAGGAGCAGUCAGCAGGCAGCAUCCCUGGUGUUCCACAGGCUUCUUUCACCGACCACAAUGUCCAGUACCAGUUCCGCACAGAAAAUAGCGGCGGACAGGUGACGUAUCGCGUAGUUCAGUUGGCGGACGACAGCGUUGACGCGUCAGCCGACGGCACCGGGGGCGUUAGCGUCGUCUCUACCGCCGCCUUUGCAGGAGCGACACAAACUGCGACACAGGCUGUAAUUCAGAACCCUUUCAGCAACGGCGGAAGUCCUGUGGGUGAGACGGUCGGAGGGGAGACGCGUUUCGCCUAUUUCCCCGCCGCCGCUGUCAGCGACGGUACAUCCACGGCGGUGUCCGUGCAGGCCAGCGCGGACCCAAGCAUCACACAGGGGGGAGGUCAGUUUUACGUAAUGAUGACUCCACCUGAGGUUCUGCAGUCGGCGGCCCAACGUUCAUUGGCCCCACGCGGACACGCUUUCCCAGCAGACCUUGAUGAAAGCGAGAUGUUGCAGCAUGGCAGCACAAACUGGAAGGUGGAAGGUCCACGGGCACCUCGCGAUGAAAGGAGGCGAGCGCAGCACAAUGAGGUGGAAAGAAGAAGAAGAGACAAGAUCAACAACUGGAUUGUCAUGCUGUCCAAAAUCAUCCCCGACUGCAACAUUGACAGUAGAACAGGCGCAAGUAAAGGAGGCAUCCUGUCCAAAGCUUGUGAUUAUAUCCGAGAGCUGCGUCAGAACAACCAGCGACUGCAGGACAGCUACAAAGAAGCAGAGAGAAUCGAGCUGGACAAUGAACUACUAAGACAACAGUUGGAGGAGCUGAAGAGCGACAACGCCCUGCUUCGAGCGCAGCUUCAGCAGCACGGCGUAGAAGUCAACGGAAACGCAACACCUCAGUGAUGACGAAACAUGUUCCCACUCACCUGAACAAUACCAGGAAAGGAAUAUUCAUGGAACACAAAGUGAGCUGGGGAGCCUCACGAAGAACCACUGACAGACUUGUCACGUCUUCUUCCAUAUGCUGCUGGUCAAUGGCCGACAUGAACUGAGUCGCCUCAAGGAGCCUCUCAAAGACCUCAGUACUUGUUUUUACUGUAACCACUCCUUCAUACCCCCUUUUUUGUGGCUACCAAAUCAUACUACAUGGCUACUCUUAUUUUUUUUAAUUUUAUUUAUAAACCUAGUCCAAAGUUAGCACAUUUGAAAGCAAUGAUUCAAAGAGUAAACCCUUCUGAUACUGUUUUUAUUUCAAUACGAUACUUAAAUAGGGGGAAUAUUGGUGUAAACCUAGCUCAGGUAAUAAGGGUAGUGCACUAGUAACUGGUUCCCAGAUUUUACAAAUAGAUAUUAUAUAUUGUUGGGUUAUUUUCUAUUUCCUUUUCCAAGCGCAAGGGAUAAGUAGUGAAUCAGUUUAAUGGGCAUUACAUUGUAGGUUUUUUGUUUUGUUUUUUUUAGGACAUUUUCGGUUAAUGGACCCUGAUAUUUUUCUGUUUGUGUUGCUUUUUAUCCCCUCCCCAAAUGUGGAAUAAUGUUGGGACCUUUGCAGUUAACAUAAGGCAAUAAACAAUGAGCAUGGA